AUAGAAUGCAUUCCCUGCCAUGAGUGCAGUUGGACAUGGAAAAGAAAAGAAAGCUGAUCACACUGGACAGAAUAUGGGGGAAGGAGGGAAGAAGUAGUACUAAAGAAGCCGAGAAUAAAAUGUUUGCAUUUUUGCCUGAUGUGGACCUAGAUAUAGAAAGUUUGUGUGCCAGAAAGAGCAGAAAAUCAGAGAGGAAAAGCCAUCACUGUUGCCAAGAGUAGAUAUGGGAGGACUGGCACCGCAGCUGGUCAGAGUGCUGGUAGGGUCUAGCAGGAGUUAGGUUUGAUCUUGGCAGGGGCUGAAGGGCCCUUCCAUGUUGAUUCAGCCACCUGGGGGGAGAGAAGCCAUUAUUCACCUCCUAAAAUAAGAAUUCAGAGCCUGCAACUGAAGUUUAAGAAUAGUAUGGUCUUUGGUCUAUAGCUGGUGCCACUAAAAAUUUUGCUGGCAUUUAUUGAAUGUUGUGAGUAAGACUCCAGAAUGCACCUAAAAUGUGGAAAAACAAAACUUGUUGCUGGAAAAAAGCCUAAACUGAAAAAUGUGAUCCAAGUCAACAAAUUAAUCUCACUUUGAGCCAAAGGAAAUGUUUGAAAUGAAAGUACUGCCAGGAAAUAGAGGAUUCAAGAUUUAGGCAGAAAGAUAUUAUAUGGAAGAAAGCAGCAGUGUUGCCAUGUUGGUGCCAGAUAUUGGAGAACAGGAAGCUAUAUUGACUGCUGAAACGGUCAUCAGUUCAUCAUUGGAAAUUGAUGAACAAAGAAAAGUUAAAACAGAUCCAUUGAUCCAUGUAAUCCAGAAGUUAAGCAAGAUAGUAGAACAUGAAAAGUCACAAAAAUGUCUUUUAAUUGGGAAAAAGCGCUCACGUUCAAGUGCUACAGCGCACUCUCUUGAAGCCCAGGAACUUUGUGAGAUUCCAGCUAAAGUAACCCAGUCACCUGCUGCCGAGAUUAGAAGGGCUGAGAUGUCACAGAUACAUUUUACCCCUGGCUCUCUUGCCCAGAAUGAUGGGAAGGCUAUGUCCUACCAGUGUAGCCUUUGCAAGUUUCUGUCGUCAUCGUUCUCUGUGUUAAAAGAUCAUAUCAAGCAGCAUGGUCAGCAGAAUGAAGUGAUAUUAAUGUGCUCAGAGUGCCAUAUUACAUCUAAAAGCCAAGAGGAACUUGAAGCUCAUGUGGUAAAUGACCACGAAAACGUUGCCAACAGUCGCACUCAGUCCAAAGCCCAACAUUGUAUAAGCCCCUCCAACUCUCAGAGACCCACAGAAAGAAAGAAUGAAACCACUUCUGAUAUCGCCUUGAGUGCGGACAAUCUGCAAACUCAUACUGCCCAAAAUGCAUCCGUGAAGGAGAUGGGUAAGAGGAAAUGGUAUGCAUAUGAACAGUAUGGCAUGUACCGAUGCUUAUUUUGUAGUUAUACCUGUGGCCAGCAGAGAAUGUUGAAAACACAUGCUUGGAAGCAUGCUGGGGAGGUUGAUUGCUCCUAUCCAAUCUUUGAAAAUGAAAACGAGCCCCUAGGCUUGCUGGACUCCUCAGUGGCUGCUGACCCUGGUGGGCUAGAUGCAGUAGUCAUCGCUAUUGGAGACAAUGAACUGAGUAUCCACAAUGGGCCUUCAGUACAAGUGCAGAUUUGCAGCUCAGAAACACUAUCCUCUUCGUCUCCUUUAGAACAGAGUGCAGAAGGAGGAGUUCAUCUUGGUCAGUCAGUUACUCUUGACCCUAACGAGGAAGAAAUGCUAGAGGUGAUUUCUGAUGUGGAGGAGAAUCUGAUUGCUGAUAGUCUACUUUCAUCUGCACAGAAGAUCAUUAGUAGCAGCCCAAAUAAAAAAGGUCAUGUUAAUGUGAUCGUGGAGCGUCUGCCAAGUGCUGAAGAAACUCUUUCACAGAAACAUUUCCUCAUGAAUGCUGAAAUCGAAGAGGGAAAAAACCUGAGCCCGACAGAAUCCCAGAUUGGGUGUGAAGGAAGAGAUGAAGUUUAUCGUGCUGAUAAAUGUACUGUUGAUAUCGGGGGGCUGAUCAUAGGCUGGAGUAGCCCAGAGAAGAAAGACAGUGAGUUAAUAAACAAAGGACUGGCUGCUGAUGAGAAUGCCCCACCAGGCCGAAGAAGAACAAAUUCUGAGUCUCUCAGACUACACUCAUUAGCUGCAGAAGCCCUCGUGACGAUGCCUAUAAGAGCUGCAGAACUGACAAGGGCCAACCUCGGGCACUACGGGAAUAUAAACCUUUUAGAUCCAGACACCGGACAAAGGCAAGUAGAUAGUACAUUGGCAGCAUAUUCUAAAAUGAUGUCACCACUCAAAAACUCUGCAGAUGGAUUAACUACUUUUAACCAAAGCAACUCUACGUUGGUAGCACUCCCAGAGGGUAGGCAGGAAUUGUCAGAUGGGCAAGUUAAGACAGGCAUCAGCAUGUCCUUACUGACUGUCAUUGAAAAGCUGCGGGAAAGGACAGACCAAAAUGCUUCAGAUGAUGACAUUUUGAAAGAGUUGCAGGACAAUGCCCAGUGCCAACCCAACAGCGACACGAGCUUGUCGGGAAGCAGUGUGGUGGAAUACAUCCCCAAUGCCGAUCGGCCCUACCGUUGCCGCCUUUGUCAUUACGCCAGUGGAAACAAGGGCUACAUCAAGCAGCACUUGAGAGUCCAUCGGCAGAGACAGCCAUAUCAGUGUCCCAUCUGUGAGCACAUAGCUGACAGCAGCAAAGAUCUGGAGAACCACAUGAUCAACCACUGUAAAGCAAGAAUAUACCAGUGCAAGCGGUGUGAAGAAUCUUUUCAUUAUAAGAGUCAACUGAGGAACCAUGAGAGAGAGCAACAUAGUCUUCCAGAUACCUUGUCAGUAGCAAGUUCUAAUGAGUCGAGAAUUGCCGGUGAUACAGCUGAUGGAAAAUGUGUUCAAGAAGGGACUAAGUCUUCAGUCCAGAAACAGUAUAGAUGUGAUGUGUGCGAUUAUACAAGUACAACAUACGUCGGUGUUAGAAACCACAGACGAAUCCAUAACUCUGACAAGCCAUACAGAUUCCUAGGAUUGGUUGUGAUUGUCCUAGGGUCUUCCUACCAGUGGGCAACGCACGAUGAGAACCCUCUUCCUCUUACAACAGAGCGACUUCCGUGUGUUACUUUCCAGGUUUAUUCACACUACACUUUGUCACUGGGUUUGGCCUGAGUGCUUACGUCUUAGGAGAAAUGUCAUAUGUCCCCCUCCCUGUAAUUAUACCCAACAUUUUCUCAUAAGUCUUAUUUUCAAACUGUCAAAUCUUGUGACUCUUUUUUUGACCUUCUUUAAAUACUUUAAAUCCACAUGAGAUUGUGAAUUAACACACUGUAUUCUGGUAUGCUUCUAGGACUUUCUCUUCCUUGGCAAUACUGCUUGCCUUAAGUUAAGCUAGUUAGCAUCACCUUCUUGAGAUCUAAUUUAAUCUAAGUAAUCACCAUAGUCUUUCUAGCUAAUUGCAUAUAUGCUUCAUUCAGUUUUGCCACCUGUACACUUACUGGUCAGAGUUUGGGCUUCUUUUCUCAGAAUCCAUGCCCUACACAUUUCUGAUUACCUACUUUUUGUUAAGAAACAUGCUCACCAGGAGCAAUGGUGAAUUUCUUCCAGAGUUAGAGUGCCUUGUUGUACAACUUCUAGUCUUUGCACAAGGGCAGAACAGGUGCAUUGGUAUUUUAAUGUGCCUGUUAGGUAACAGAUUUUCUGCAGUAUGUAUAACUAUUCUUUGCUCUUGCCUUUCCUUUUUAUGUUUCCAUUCCAGUCCUUCACGGAACCCAUUUGUGUGAUCUGGGCAGUUCAGCUUCAAGUACUGGUUAAGAGCCCUGGUUCCAGGGGCAGAUAGUCCUGGGAUUGAAUCUGAGCUCUCUGACUUAUGGCAUUUAUUACCUUGGGGAAGCUAUUUCACCCUGCUAUGCUUGGUCCUAUCUUUUCUAAAAUGAGGAUAAUUAAGGCACCUGCUUUACAGGACAGGCAUGAGGACUAAAUUAAAUACUAUGUGUAACAUACUGGCGCAGACUAAGCGCUCAGUAAGUGGUGGCCAUCUAAUACUCAUUGGGCCCAGUUUCAGUCCUCGUCCUCUCACUAAUUCAUUGUGUAACAUCACCUCCCCUACCCCCCCCCCCAAAAUGCUAUUGACCUCUCAUUUCAGAAACAAAGAGUAAUCUUGUUUCUGGAUAGACAGGCAUAGCUUAUUUCUUUUACAAGAGAGAUGCUACACCCAGGUAGAAAUGCUGUCACAGCUGAGGUCCUCGUGCUGUGUUACCUGUCUUAGAGGCAGCCCAGUGUCUUGGGUAGCACUCAUGCUUUAGUUUAGAGCCUCAGGCCUGGGUCACACGCCUAUGCCUAGCUGGGUGACCUUGUGGAUGUUAUUCCAGGCUUAGCCUUACUUUCCCAUUUGACACUGGCGAGAAUACUGCCUACCUCAUAAAGCUUUGUGAGGACUGAAUGAGGUCAUAUGUAUUAAACACACCAGCAUGUUUCCUAGUGCGUCAAAGGGACUGGUUUUCUCCUGCUGCCCCUGCGCCUGUAUGGUCAUCUCGGAAACUCUUGUCCUUGUCACAGAAGGAAGAGAGCUAUUUGCCAUCCUGUGUGUGAGGACAGGGAAAGAUGAAAAAGGCAUCAUCCCACCCCAGUCCUACCAAAUGCAGCAAACUUGGUUUUUCAGUGCUUCAUUAAGGAACUUCUGUGUAAACCACAUACCUGAUGUUUAUAACAUUGACCCCACAGUUAAAGGGCUCCAUUCAGAAUUUUCAAAUAGAAUAUCAUCCUGUUUAGUUUAAUAUUGCAGUUUUAGAAUUCCCCCUGGUUUACAUCCCCCAAUAUCACUUUUGUGACUGACUGGCUGGAGAUGGAAGAUGGGAUGACAACACAUUCUCCUGAAGUUACCAAGUUUCCUUCUAACUGUCUAACAUUGAGCUAUUCUCCCUUGGAAACACACUUGAGGGGUACCUGGGUGGCUCAUUCAGUUGAGCAUCUUGACUCUUGAUUUCAGCUUGGGUCAUUAUCUCAGGGUUGU